AAAAUGGCGGCGGCGGCGGCAGCUCUGCUCCUCGGGACGGCGGCGGCGGCCCUGGCGGUGGCGGCAGCAGAGGCAGCAGCGGCAGCAGCAGCAGCGGCGGCGGCAGCGGAGGAGACGCGGAGGAGCGGGGGACCGGCCCGGCAGCACUGAGCCAGGCAGCGCCUGCCUGCGAGCGGACGAGGCGAGAGCCGAGACGGAGAGACGCGCUGCGGCCCCCUCCACCCCCACCCCCCCCAUCCCUUCCCCCAGCCAGCCUGCCUGACUGACCGACCCUGCCCGAGGCGCUGCUGCAGCCCCUGGGAAGACGCUGCCGCUUCGGCCUGCCCUGCUCCCCGCCUCCCCCCGGGGGCACGGGCGUCCGGGUCCCUGUCCCCAGGCUCGGGUCUCCGCUGCUGCAGCCUCCCGUCCUCCCGCCCGGAGCCCCUGCCGGAGCCCUGCGGAGGAGCCUGAGGGAGCCCGCGGGAUCUCUCUCCUGCUGGCCGCGGAUCCCCUGUCCGAGCGAGGCAGACAGACUGUUGGGUUUCCCUGUUCCCCCCGUCGCGUCCCCCCCUCCGUGAAAGACUUUGCUGGAUCCUCCUCCUCGGAUCCCCUCCCCGCGCUCGCUCCUUCCUGCGAGAGAGGCUGCUGGAUCCUCCUCCUCCCGCCGGAGAGGCUGCUGGAUCGCUCGGCUGGGGUCCCUGCCAGAGAGACGCGGAUCCUCCUCCCCUGAGAGACUCUGCGGCUCCUCCUGCCCCUCCUCGGAGCCCCUGGAGCGAGAGACUCUGCGGGAUCCUCCUGCCCCGAGCCCCAUGUGAGACUCCGGAUCCCCCCGUGGCUCCGUGGUGGGAUUUUAUUUUGUUUUUUUUGAUUUUAAAUUUUUUUUUUCCCCCCAUUUCUGGAAGCGGUGGGGGGGGAAUCCAUCUUUAAAACUGUUUUACUGGGUCCCAGUUUCUCUUUUUGAUUUGCACUUUUUAAAACCCCCUCAGAUGCUCCUCCAUGUGGACUGAGAACCCAUUAAGACACACAACACGAGAACUCAUCUCGGUCAACUCCCAGAUCCUGGCUUUCGUGGGUUUUGCUGCAACACGUAAAAGCAAACUUGUAUUUAAGACACACUCGUGCAAAAAUUUAGCUGGGAACUUCUAAGGUGUAUUUCGUCCUGGUUUCUUGGUCUUUUUUUUUUUUCUUUUUGUUGGGUUUUGUUUUGUUUUUUUUGCUUCACUGGAAAUCAAAAGCGUGUUUUGGAAUUGGACCUGCUUUUGCUGCACUUCUUCUCUGGGCUGGAUAACACUGAAGCUUUUUGCUUUUCUACUUGGAUAGUGUUUUCCUGUUGAUCCGUUGUUUUUUUUUUUUAAUUCCGUGUGGCAGACUUUUAUUUUUGUUGUUUUUUUUUUUUUGAGGGGGGUAAACAAACGACAACAACCACAAAAAAAAAACUUAAUUUUUUUGGCCGUGUGAGAUUUUUUCGUAUUUAGAUUCGUGAAAUUACGGGUACAUUUACAAACAAAAAAAAAAAGCAUUAAAAUAAGAAAGGAACACGUCAGAAAGACCCCUACACGGUAGACAAAAUACUCACUUGUUUCCUUACAGCAAGACUGAAUCGAAAGCUGCCAAAGAGCCCCAUAAAGAAAAGACUAAAAGGGAGAAAGAACAAGAAACACAAGAAGAGGAACAUUUGAUGGAAGAAAAGAAAAAGAAAAAGCAGGAAGAAAAGAAAAAGAAGGAAGGUGCUCAGAAAAAGGCUGCUGAACAAAAAACCAAAGUGCCAGAACCUAUUAAGACCAGUUUAAGCCAGCCCCAACCUGCCGGUACCGGUACCAGUACUUCCACCAGCACUAUUACCAACAGCAGCAAUGGCAAACGUGCGUCUGCUACCGGGCAGCAGCCCCCUGCGUCCCGCUACCUGCCUCGUGAGGUGCCUCCGCGCUUCCGCCAGCAAGAACAGAAGCAGCUCCUAAAGCGGGGUCAGCCACUGCCCACCGGGACUCUGAGCAGCACCAGCCCAGCACCAGGUACUGGCCAAGCAGGGGCAAGUCCCCCUCCCCAGCAAGGAGCAGGUGGACAGCAUCAUCCCAGUAAGACCCAAACAGCCAUUGCAUGUAGGGGGGAGAAUCCAGAUCUCAGCCACAGUGGAUUGGGAGACCAUUAUGAGAAUUCCCACUGGGGACAGCAGCCAGCUUUCAGGAGUGAAGGCAACUGCAGCUGGGAUAAAGUGAUAAUAGACAGGACUGACAAGGAAGCGUGGCCUUCCAUUACCGGAGCUGAGACUGAGUCUGCCUCAGAAUGUACUACAGACACUGACUCUGCCUCCAACUGUGGCUCAGAGAACAGUAGCAUGGCUACAGGGAGUGCCCAAGGCAACUUCACUGGACAUACAAAGAAAACUAAUGGCAAUAAUGGCGCCAACGGAGCACUCGUCCAAAGCACUUCUAACCAGAGUGCCCUUGGAGCUGGUGGAGCAAACGGUAACGGCAACUCGGCCAGAGUGUGGGGGGUGGCUGCAGGCUCCAGCUCUGGCCUAGCUCACUGCUCUGCCAGUGGUGGGGAUGGAAAGAUGGACAACAUGAUGGGAGAUGGUAGAAGUCAGAACUGCUGGGGUGCUUCCAACUCGAAUGCUGGCAUUAAUCUUAACCUUAACCCUAAUGCCAAUCCAGCUGCCUGGCCUGUACUCGGACAUGAAGGAACUGUGGGAGCAGGCAACCCUUCCAGUAUUUGCAGUCCAGUCAGUGCCAUAGGUCAGAACAUGGGCAACCAGAAUGGGAACCCAACAAGCACUUUGGGUGCUUGGGGAAACUUGCUGCCGCAAGAGAGCACAGAACCACAAACGUCCACUUCUCAGAAUGUGUCUUUCAGCGUACAACCUCAGAACCUUAACACUGAUGGACCAAAUAACACUAACCCCAUGAACUCUUCACCAAACCCUAUCAAUGCAAUGCAGACAAAUGGACUGCCGAACUGGGGGAUGGCUGUUGGUAUGGGGGCCAUCAUCCCGCCCCACCUGCAAGGCCUUCCUGGUGCUAAUGGAACAUCAGUUUCUCAAGUCAGUGGGGGCAGUGGUGAAGGAAUGGGCAGUUCAGUGUGGGGGAUGUCCCCAGGUAAUCCUGCCACAGGAAACAGCAAUUCUGGGUUCAGUCAGGGGAAUGGAGACACUGUGAACUCAGCAUUAAGUGCUAAACAAAACGGAUCCAGCAGUGCUGCGCAAAAGGAAGGAAACGGAGCAAAUGCUUGGGAUUCGGGACCUCCUUCUGGUCCUGGGGUACUAGCGUGGGGCAGGGGUGGUGGCAGCAGUGGUGUUGGUAGUAUGCAUUCUGGAGCUUGGGGCCACCCCAACCGUAACACCAGUAACGGUGUGAACGGGGAGUGGGGCAAGUCCCCAAACCAGCAUUCCAACAGCGACAUCAAUGGGAAAGGAUCAACAGGGUGGGAUAGCUCGAGUGUUACCAGUCCGAAUCCUGCCAUGCAGCAGGGCAAUGAACAAAUGAACUCUUGGGCCAAAGCUGCUGCAUCUGGCACCACAGCUAGUGAAGGAAGUAACGACAGCAGUGGAAGUCAAAAUGAAGGCAGUACUGGGAGGGAGGGGGCUGGAGAGGGCAGGAGGAGAGACAAAGGGAUGAUAGACCAAGGGCAAGUUCAGUUGCCAAGAAAUGACCUUGACCCCAGGGUCUUGUCCAAUACGGGGUGGGGACAAACCCCUGUAAAGCAAAACACUGCCUGGGAAUUUGAAGAGUCCCCAAGGUCUGAACGAAAGAAUGACAAUGGAACAGAGGCCUGGGGUUGUGCAGCUACUCAAUCUUCAAACUCAGGGGGGAAGAACGAUGGGUCCAUCAUGAACAGUACAAAUACCUCUUCAGUAUCUGGGUGGGUCAACUCUCCACCGGCAGCUGUUCCAACAAAUACAGGUUGGGGAGACAAUAACAACAAAGCACCAAAUGGCCCAGGGGGAUGGGGAGAGUCAGCAAGCUCUACUACUGUUAAUAAUGCUGCUGCUGCCAAAAGCGGCCACGCUUGGAGUGGGACCGCAAACCAGGAGGACAAAUCACCUACCUGGGGUGAACCUCAGAAACCCAAAUCUCAAAACUGGGGAGAUGGACAGAAAUCAAAUUCAAGCUGGACUUCAGGAGGUGGAGAUUGGACAGAUUCAUCAUCUGUUCCUGGACACUUGGGUGAUGGGAAGAAGAAUGGAUCUGGAUGGGAUUCUGACAAUAGAUCGGGGUCUGGCUGGAAUGAUUCCACAAGGUCUGGGACCAGUGGGUGGGGAAAUGGCACAAACAGCAAGGCUAAUACAGGUACAAGUUGGGGGGAAUCUUUAAAGCCAAGCCCUCAGCAAAAUUGGGCUAAUAAACCCCAGGACAACAAUGUGAGUAACUGGGGAGGAGCUGCUUCUGUAAAACAGACGGGGUCAGGGUGGGUUGGUGGGCCAGUGCCAGCCAAACAAAAAGAGAACUGUGAGGCAACUGGCUGGGAAGAGCCAUCCCCACCGUCCAUUCGCCGCAAGAUGGAAAUCGAUGAUGGUACCUCAGCUUGGGGCGACCCAAAUUACAACAACAACAAGACUGUAAACAUGUGGGAUAGAAAUAAUCCUAUCAUUCAGAGCAGUACCACAACCAAUACCACCACCACUAGCACCAUUAUCAACACAAAUAUGGUUGAACCUCAGCCGUCGCACCAGUCAAGUGCCCAGCCGAACCGGUCCCCGCUGCUUGGUCCAGCAGGCUGGGGAGAAAUGCCUACUGUCCACACCAAGACUGAAGCUUCUUGGGGAGAGCCCUCAUCCCCUUCUGCUGCAGUUGAUAAUGGCACUUCAGCCUGGGGGAAGCCCCCCAGCAGUGGUACAGGGUGGGGAGAGAAUCCUGCCGAGUCAGCAGGGACAUAUGGAAGAACAAAUGCUCCAGCUGCUGCCCCAGCACUGUGCAAACCAGCUUCAAAAUCUAUGCAAGAAGGCUGGGGCAGUGGUGGGGAUGAAGUGAAUCUCAGUACUAGUCAGUGGGAAGAUGAGGAAGGAGAUAUGUGGAAUAAUACUGCUUCACAAGAGAGCAGCUCCUCCUGUAAUUCCUGGGGGAAUGCCCCAAAGAAAGGACUUCAAAAGCCCAAAACAAAUCCACGCUUGUCCCUUGGUACUUUCUGGAGAACUGAAAGGAAGAGACUUCUUAAGGAUUUUGUGAUAGAAAAGCUGCACAGAGAUCUUUUAAAGGGCAUGAAGACAUCUAGCAAGCAAGAUGAGGCCUGGAUCAUGAACCGUCUGAUAAAACAGCUCACAGACAUGGGCUUCCCUAGAGAGCCAGCGGAAGAGGCCUUGAAGAGCAACAAUAUGAAUCUUGAUCAGGCCAUGAGUGCUCUGCUGGAAAAGAAGGUGGAAAUGGACAAGCGUGGAAUGGGAGUGACCGACUAUAAUGGAAUGGUCACCAAACCCCUUGGCUGCCGCCCACCACCAAUCUCCAAAGAGUCUUCCAUGGACCGCCCCACCUUCCUUGACAAGCUCACCCUUUCUUUCUCCAAUCAGGAUGGCGGCCUAGUGGAAGAGCCCACUACUUCACCAUUUUUGCCUUCACCAAGCCUGAAGCUCCCCCUUUCAAACAGUGCACUCCCUAAUCAGACCCUGGGCGGGAUUGCCUCAGGGCUGGGCAUGCAAAACUUGAAUUCUUCUAGACAGAUACCGAGUGGCAAUCUGGGUAUGUUUGGCAAUAGCGGAGCAGCACAAACCAGGACCAUGCAACAGCCGCAGCAACCGCCAGUGCAACCUCUUAAUUCAUCCCAGCCUAGUCUUCGUGCUCAAGUGCCUCAGUUUCUAUCCCCUCAGGUUCAAGCACAGCUUUUGCAGUUUGCAGCAAAAAACAUUGGUCUCAGCCCUGCACAGUUAACCUCGCCAAUUAAUAAUCCUCAGCAUAUGACGAUGUUGAACCAGCUCUAUCAGCUGCAGCUGGCGUACCAACGUUUACAAAUCCAGCAGCAGAUGUUACAGGCUCAGCGUAAUGUUUCCGGACCCAUGAGACAACAGGAGCAGCAAGUUGCACGUACAAUCAAUAACAUGCAGCAGCAGAUCCAGCAGCACCAGCGCCAGCUGGCCCAGGCCCUGCUUAUGAAGCAGCAGCCUCCCCCUCCACAUCUAUCUUUGCACCCCUCUGCAGGCAAAUCAGCCAUGGAUAGCUUUUCACCCCAUCCCCAGGCUCCCGGCCUACCUGACCUGCAGACCAAAGAGCAACAGUCUUCACCGAACACCUUUGCUCCUUACCCUCUUGCUGGACUGAACCCGAACAUGAAUGUAAAUAACAUGGACAUUACUGGUGGUUUGUCAGUGAAGGACACUUCUCAGUCCCAGUCUCGCCUUCCUCAGUGGACACACCCCAACUCAAUGGAUAAUCUGUCUAGUGCUGCUUCUUCUCUUGACCAGAACUCCAGCAAGCACGGUGCUAUACCUGGAGGUUUAAGUAUUGGUCCUCCAGGAAAGUCCUCCAUUGAUGACUCCUACGGCCGGUAUGAUCUGAUUCAGAACAGUGAGUCUCCUGCCAGCCCACCUGUAGCUGUUCCUCACAGCUGGUCACGUGCCAAAUCUGAGAGUGAUAAGAUUUCCAAUGGCUCCAGCAUCAACUGGCCACCAGAGUUUCAUCCAGGAGUGCCGUGGAAAGGACUGCAGAAUAUUGAUCCUGAAAAUGACCCUGAUGUUACUCCUGGAAGUGUUCCAACUGGGCCUACCAUAAACACCACGAUACAGGAUGUUAAUCGCUAUCUUCUCAAGAGUGGAGGGUCAUCCCCAACAUCAUCUCAGAAUGCCACGCUGCCUUCAUCGAGUGCCUGGCCGCUUAGUGCCUCCGGCUACAGUAGCUCUUUCAGCAGCAUUGCAUCCGCACCUAGCAUUGCAGGUAAAUUGUCAGACAUCAAGUCUACGUGGUCCUCUGGCCCAAUCUCUCAUACACAAGCCUCUCUAUCCCAUGAACUAUGGAAGGUACCCAGAAACACUACUGCUCCUACAAGACCACCUCCAGGCUUAACAAACACCAAGCCAUCAUCUACGUGGGGUGCCAGUCCCCUGGGUUGGACCAGCUCUUACUCCUCUGGUUCUGCAUGGAGUACUGACAGCUCAGGGAGAACAAGCAGCUGGCUGGUUCUUCGAAACCUCACGCCCCAGAUUGAUGGCUCCACACUGAGGACACUGUGUUUGCAACAUGGCCCUCUAAUAACAUUCCACUUGAACCUGACGCAAGGGAAUGCUGUGGUCCGAUACAGUUCCAAGGAAGAAGCAGCCAAGGCCCAGAAGUCUCUGCAUAUGUGUGUCCUGGGAAACACUACCAUCCUGGCCGAGUUUGCUGGGGAGGAAGAAGUGAACCGUUUCUUAGCACAAGGCCAGGCCCUGCCGCCCACCUCCAGCUGGCAGUCCAACGCCGGAACCAACCCGAGCCGCCUGGGCUCCUCCAGCAGCUCCCACGCCUUGGUGCGCAGCGACGCCGGGCACUGGAACACCCCCUGCCUGGGGGGCAAGGGGAGCAGCGACCUGCUCUGGGGGGGGGUCCCUCAGUACUCCAGCAGCCUUUGGGGACCCCCCAGCACUGACGAUGGCAGAGUUAUCGGGAGCCCGACCCCUUUGAAUACUCUUCUUCCAGGUGAUCUUCUCAGCGGGGAGUCCAUCUAGGAAACAAGAGAAAUGAAAAUGGAAAAUAACAAUCAUCAGCACUAAAGGAAAAUAAAAAAUAAAAAUAUUGUAACCCUUUCCAGUCCCGGGCUUGAUGAAGAAUCCAGCUUUAACAGAUCAGACUGGCAGCCCUUUUUUUUAGUACCUCUGUCCAAUAUCGAAUAUGAAACUGCAGAAGUCCUUGUGAACUGUUGAUGAAACAGUAUGGGCUACUUUGGGUCAGUGUCACAUGCUAAUGACAGGUUUUGAUGUUUGUUUGGUUGUUUGUGUUUGUUGUUUUUUUUUUUCAUGGCUUUUUGUUUUUAUGUUGUCUUUUUAUGUUUGUAUGGUGAUUUUUCAAAACCAAGUAUAAAAGCUGCUUAGAAAUAGGUCUAUCAUGAAGGGCACUUUUCAGAAUUUGGGCUGGAAAGGGUUAUUUUAUCAACUGGGUGGGGAGGGUGGGAGGGAGGGGGGGAAAGGGGGAAAUGAAAGCCUAUUUAAAAUGAGCCUGUGACUAUUAUGCACAUUACCAGAGGCGGACCCAAUAAUCAGAAAGGGUGAAGUGUGAUAUUUACCAUUGGUACAGAAAAGUUAACAAAUCAGAAAAGUGACUCUUGACUGUACAGGUCGAGCUGGGGGGGGAGAGGGGAGGGCAGGGCUGGGGUAUCUCUGUGUCCACUACUCCCAUGGAUCUGCCUAUGCACAUUACCCUUGUUUCAUUACUUUUUUCAUGUCAUUUUUUUAAUCCCAAAAAAAAAUAAUAUAAAUAUAUAUAUAUACAAAAAAAAGUUUUAAAAAAAAAGAAAAAACAAAACAAACAAAAAAAAGAAAACAUAUCAACAUGCAAAUACUUGAAUCCAGCAGGCCAAUAACAAAAUGUGAACACUUUCUAAGUCUAAUUAUUACACUUCCAGGUUGGCAUCAGUACACAAAAAAACAGGCUCUAAGAUUUUUGUUUUUGAAGUUCAGACUAUAUGUUUUUGUUGGAACAGCUGUGUGAGUGUGUGAGUGUGAGUGAGCGCCCGUGGGUGGUGUAACUACAAGUGUGAUGUUUUUCUUUUUUCCUUCAGUAUAUGCUUUUUUGUUUGCUCAUUGGUCAAAUGUUGAAUUGUUAUUAGCUUCUAACUUUGCACUGAGUGUCCGCAGCCCUUCUUGUAGCUAAUCCUAUCACGUUACAAAGAAAAACAAACAAAACAAGAAACUGAUCGAAGGGGCCGGCGACAAUUCACGUGUAAAUGUUUACUCAAGGACUCUUUAAUUGCAUUUAAAAAAAUUACAGUGUGUAUCUCUGGAGAAUAAUAUGUAUAUCUACCUUUAGCAGCUUUUUAUUGUGGACUAAUGCAAGAAAAUGAUGACCGGAGUAUUGCACCAUUUUUCCAUUUGGAAUAUCAAGUUGAAAACAAAAAUACUCUUGUUGAACUGUGGCCAUAGAUAAUUGUAAAGAGUGGAUAGUUCCCUUGCAAGCAGGAACAGAAACAAGCACUUGGACAUAGGUUUUGACUGCUUUUGGAGGAGCCAGGAGUUGAGGCUCCCACCUGUUUACAGACCUUUUUUUUUUUCCUUUUUUUUUUUGUGUUUGUUUUCCUCCUUCAAACUUUAAAAUAAAAAAAAAAGGAAUUAAAAAAGAAAAAAAAAACCUAAAGAGAAAAAAAAAAACAUUAAAAAAAAAAAAGAGAGAGACUUCCAUCGUAAAGAAAACUUAUUUUCAGAAUGAAGAUAUGCUACUUCAGAGCUCUGGGAUUGAACAGUGUUGUUAUGAUUCUUUUCUUUGGCCAUUGCUGUGUGUAAACUUUGAUUUUUUUUUUUUUGGUUGUCGUUUGUUGUUGUUGUUGUUGGUUUUUUUUUUCCUCCUCUUCGUCGAAGUGGCGAAAAAACUUUUGUGAUCACUAUCUUGCACAUGGUGGAAGAUGUCUCAGGAAAGCCGGGUUUCCCGAGGAGCAACUCCACACCAUUUCAUGUAUUUUUAAAACCCAACUCCUAGCACUGAAGAUAUUAUUAAAAAACAAAAAUAAAAUGGAAAAAAAAAAAAAAACCACACAAAAAAAAAGACAGUAAGAAAGAAGAAAAUACCUAAUCUAAUGUGUAGCAGUUACAUAUUUACCAAAUAAUGGACUCAAAAGAAAUAGAUGUUUGAAGAGUGCUUUAUAUAUUAAAAAAAAAUUGCUUUAUGUUUAAAAAAAAAAAGAAAAAAAAUCAAUGUUUUUGAUUGUUUUGAAAGGAAGAAAGACAAUGGAAUAACAUACACUUCAAGUAUGUUUUAAAAAUUAUAUGAACAUUGUGCUCCCUGCCUGCUUGGAUCAGGAAACUUGUGCAUUACAUUAUUAUUAUUUUAUUUUGUUGUUGUUUUUUUUUCUUUUGAAGAUUAGCUUUUUAAUGGUUUUAUCAGAUUUAAAGGGUCCUGCAAGAUUGCAAAUUAACAAAAGCUGGUUUUAUAGAGGAUCAUGAACUAUGCACAAACUGGGUUCAAGACUUGUUUGUUUUUUUCUCUCAAGUUUUAGUAGUGUAUUUAGCUGAAUAACCUUUCCUCAGAGUAAUUGCAUCUCAUUGCCAUUACACGCCUCCUACAUAUAUAUUUUAUAUAUAUAUAUACACACACACACUUAUAUAAAAUAUGUAUGUGUGUAUGUGCGUGUUUACAUACAAUUUUCCAUGCUGAAGUUUAGCAUUGAGUUGUAGAAAAACUCCUGAUAUUUUAAAAAUUGAGAAUGAAAAUCUCUGUUUAAGGGUUUUUGGGAGGGUGGGAUUUUUUUUUGUUGUUCGUUCGUUUUGGGGCUUUUUUUUUUUUGCCUUUCCUUUUGGAUUUAAAGAUGUCUGUAACUCUGAGAUUAAAAAAAAAAAACCAACAAUUGUGGCUUUUAAUGUUUAUUCUCCUCAUAGAAUGUGAUUGUUAAAAGAACAUGCACCGAAAGUUGCUUUCAAGAGUACGAAGAUUCUUUGAAACUUAAUAAAUUGCAGUUUUUUC